AUGGGUGCUUCCUUUCUUUUCCCUAAAACAAACUUGACAGGUUUGAAUCAAUCGAAACUGAUUCAUAAAAAGAAAACUUCAGCCCCAAAAUCAUUUGCUAGUGUGGUAUCAAACAGUGUUUGCGAUAUUCCACAGAGUCAAUUCCCUCAAGUUUGUAUUAAAGGUAAUAGGCUUGCUAUUACAAUACCUGGAGAAGAAUAUAAGCUAGGAGUUGAAGCUUGCAAGCAUCAUCUUCAUGGUCGCGUGGUCUGGUCUAAAGGUUCUUCGCCUCUCACGGUGGUAAACCUGAAGGAGAAGCUUUUGUCUCUUUGGCCAUCAAUAUGUAAAUGGAGUGUCACAUCCCUUGGAAAGGGCUUCUUCAAAUUUGCUUUUUCAUCGCUGGAAGAUGUACAACGUGUUAGAUCGGUGAGUGCAUGGACUCUUCCGCAAGGAGUCCUCAAACUCUUCCCUUGGACUAAAGAUUUCACUCCAGCUACUUUGAAGCAAACUUCAACACAAGUUUGGAUCAGGAUCCAUGGCCUUUCCCAAGAAUACUGGAGACCAAAAAUCCCUUUUGCAAUAGACAGUAGUAUUGGAACUCCAAUAUGCAUUGACUUUGCAACUAACAAAUUAGUUUUUGAAAGGCCUUUUGGUCAUUUUGUUCGUGUAUUGGUGGACCUGAAUAUAACUAGGGAUCUGAGCUAUAGGAUUCUGGUGGAAAGAAUUGGUUUCGCCUUCUUUGUGGAUAUAGAAUAUGAGAAGUUACCCGAGUUCUGUUCUCAUUGUUCUUGA